AAAGAAGAAGAAGCGAGACUUCCGGUUGUCCGGCCACGUGACUAUAGUUUACAAACCAAGGAGCGUUUCAGGACCCGCUUCUGGCUGAAAUGGAAAGCAGCAUGAGGACAGAGAAGCAGCGACAUGUUACCGGAGGAAAGAAGAAGACUGUUAGUGGUAGCGGUGAGGAAGACUCUGAUGUAGAGAGGAAGAUCAGCGCGUUUAAACAGGAGGAAGAGAAGAUUUCACCACGAGAACACAGAGAGGAGGGGCGGAGCCAAUCAGGUAGGGACUGUGGAAGCAGCGCUGAAGAAGGAUCGGAGGAAGAUGAUGAGGAUGAUGAUGACGAAGAUGACGAUGAAGAAGAAGAUGAUGAUGAUGACGAAGAAGAAGAUGAUGAUGAUGAAGACGAAGAUGAUGAUGAUAAAGCAGGGGAAGAUGACAAUGACGCAGAGCUGCAGGCAAGGGAAGACAUCAGGAAAGGACUGUCGAACAUUCCCUUUGAGGAGGUCAUGAAGCUGCAGCAGAAGGUGGGAACUAAAGCUUUCAAUGAGGUGGCGUUCAGUAGCAGAAGACACGGAGCAGUCAGCAGUAAGAAAAGGCUGAACAAGAACAGGCCGAUGGAAAUCUCAGCCAAAAAGGCGCCAUCCUUCCUCCGCCAGGUCAUCCCCAUCAAGAAAUCUACCAGGAGGGAUCCUCGGUUUGACAGCCUGUCAGGGGAAUACAAACCAGAGAUAUUUGAGAAGACUUACAAGUUUAUUAAUGACCUCAAACACAGAGAGAAGGAGAUGAUUAAGAAGCAGCUAAAGAAGAAAAAGAUGGGCAGUCAGAGGAAGGAGAAGCUGCAGUUCCUGCUGAGGAGAUUGGAGAACCAGGAGAAAGCCAGACAGACCAGAGAGCAGCAGAGAGAGAGAGAGCUCCAGUUCAAGAAGCAGCAGCGAGAACGAGCCAGUCGUGGGGAGCGGCCUUUUUUCCUGAAGAAAUCGGAGAAGAAGAAGCUGCAGCUGGCUGAGAAGUACCUGGACUUGAAGAAAAGCGGCAAAGUGGAGAAGUUCCUCAGCAAGAAGAGGAAGAGGAAUGCAGUGAAAGACCGCAGGAAGCUGCCGGAGCAACUCCAGAGCCAGAAGCUUUCAUAGUGAGAGCUGGCCAGGAGCUGCCUCUGCAGAGACUCAUCUCCGCCUCCUGAUGGCGCCGUUAAACAUUCAUCAGCAGGUCUCCUCUUCCCUGAUGUCAUUAGGGAGGUUUGGAUGCCUGAAAACCUCCCGGGUUCAGUGAUGUUUAAGGUCUAAUGUUGGAUUGGUGUCCAAUGAUUUAGUAAUAAAGGUUUUCUAUUUUCAUCCUC